ACAGGAAAAGUCUCCCUUCUAAUAUGCCUGCUUAUGGUUGUGGAAUUCAAAAUCACAAAAGUCAAUUUAUAUAAUCAAAGGGAAUCCAUUAAUCAGGGGAGGUUCAUCAAUUUAAAAUCGAUAUUCAUCUAGUUGGUUGCUAUGGAAAUGGAAUCCAACAAAACCCAGAUGACGCACGAACAUGAAUAUGCGAUGCAACUUGCAAGCGCUUCGGUUCUACCCAUGGUACUCAAAGCAGCUAUGGAGCUGGGCGUUCUUGAGAUCAUCCAGAAAGCCGGUCCAGCUGCUCGGCUCUCCGCUCAAGAAAUAGCAUCCCAGCUCCCCACUCAAAACCCAGAAGCUCCUAUACUUGUUGAUCGUAUGCUCCGCCUUCUCUCUGCCCACUCUCUUCUCACUUGCUCUGUUUCGGCCUGCCAAUCUGAUCAACAAAGGCUUUACGCUUUGACACCCGUUUCCAACUACUUGCUCCCUAACAAAGAUGGAGUGUCUCUGGCACCCUUACUAUCUUUGAUCCAGGACGAGGUCUUCUUAGGUGCCUGGUACCAUUUGAAAGAUGCAGUUUUGGAAGGAGGUCUUCCAUUUGACAAGGCACAUGGGAUGAAUGCGGCAGAGUACGUGAAGAAGGAUGCUAGGUUCGGUGAACUUUUCAAGAGCUCAAUGAAAGAAUUUAACCCCAUAUUGAUGGAGACGAUCCUCGAGAUGUAUAAAGGUUUUGAAGGUCUAACUUCAUUGGUGGAUGUGGGAGGUGGUGAUGGCACUCUUCUUAAAAUGAUCAUUUCCAAGCAUCCUUCUAUCAAGGGUAUCAACUUUGAUUUGGCUGCUCUUAUCCAAAACUCUCCCUCCUAUCCCGGUAUUGAGCAGAUUCCAGGCGAUAUGUUUACAAGCAUCCCCAAAGGAGGAGAUGCCAUUUUCAUGAAGUGGAUACUGCAUACUUGGGAUGACGAACACUGCCUGGUGAUUUUAAAGAAUUGCUAUGAAGCCUUACCAGAUGGUGGCAAAGUGAUAGUGGUGGAUAUGGUGAUACAGGAAGCCUCUGAUACCAGUGUUGCUUCAAGAAGCUUGUUUCAGUUUGAUAUGAUCAUGAUGAAUAUGAAUCCGACAGGAAAAGAGAGGACAAAAAGAGAAUUUGAAAACCUCGCAAAAGAAGCAGGGUUUUCCAGUAUCCGAGUGGCAUGUUCUGCUUAUGGUUUUUCUGUCAUGGAGAUCUUUAAGAACACAUGAAAUUCAGUUCCACAAUGCUCUGUUGAAUUUAUGGCAAAAUAUUUAACACAAAAAAAAAAAAAAAAAAAAAGAAUUUACUGCGAAACAUGAAACUAAAUUUGGUUUCGGUAUUCCCAACAAAAAAAAAAAAAAAAACAAAGAAAAAAAAAAAGGGAAAAAACCUUUGGCUGUGGUAUCAAUAGUCUGAAUAAAUUACUUUGUAUUAGAUGCAUCACCGAAUUUAAAUAUGUUUUUUUCAA